AUGUGGAUUGCUCUAGAAUUGGGAUUGCAGAAAAGUAAAACGAUCGAUAAACACGUGCAAGAGCAAAUCAACAAAGAGCAACAACGUGUGAUAGAAAUAAUGGAUAGUGUAAUGGAUGGGGUAAUGUAUCUUGCAAAAAAUAGUUUAGCAUUUCGUGGUGGAAGUGAUAAAAUUUAUACAAGAAACAAUGGUAACUUUUUGAGUUUGAUGGAGGUAAUUGCGAAACAUGAUCCGGUGUUAAAUAUCCAUCUACGACGUAUUGUUAAGAAGGAAACUCAUUAUCAUUAUCUUAGUCAUAAGCUUCAAAAUGAGCUUAUAACCAUGGUUGCAGAUAAAAUUAAGAGCUCGAUUGUCGAGAAAAUUCGCAAUGCUAAGUAUUAUUCUAUUAUACUUGAUUUUACUCCAGACAGAAGUCAUGAGGACCAAAUGUAUAUUGUGGUAAGAUGUGUAGAUGUUUCUCAAGUUCCAGCAAAAGUAGAAGAAUUUUUUCUUGGAUUUUUGAAUGUGGAUGAUUCAACAGGUGAAUGUCUUUUCUCUGAGCUUGAAGAUGUAUUGGAAAAACUCAUUCUUAACAUAGAUGAUAUAAGAGGGCAAGGAUAUGACAAUGGUUCAAACAUGAAAGGAAAAGAAAAGGAACGACGUGUUAGAAAGCGAAAGAGACAUUUCGAUGACGAUCCUAGCGAGGAGACGGUUUCAUUACCAGUUUGUGACAAUAAGCCAACAAUUUCACUAACUAAGAAUCUUGUGCUUCAUGGAAGAAGUAAACACAUUGAUAUUAAGUAUCAUUACAUCAGAGAGCUUGUCAGUAACAAGGAGAUAGAUGUGGAGUUUGUUGAAAGUGAAGAGCAAGUGGCUGAUAUUUUCACCAAGUCUUUGAAGGCUAAUACUUUCAUUUACUUGCGUGGAAAAUUGGGAAUGAUUAGCAAAGAGUAUCUUGUUUUAAGGGAGGAUGUUGAAGAAUAA